AUUUUCAAGCGUAUUUAAUAUUCGGUCCCUUACAUGUACAUGGGUUGACGCGGCCUUGUUGAUGUAAUGUUUAGUGAUCAGCUGUUUGUCAAUUGAAAUCAUUUUUUAUUUUAACACUCACAAUUAAAUAAACUGAUUCAUUAAAGAAAUUUGUAAAUCAAUGAGGUUUUAUUUCAAACUGAGGCAAUGAACUCACGAAAUGAAGAAUUUCUCGAAACAGAUAAUCGUCUGCGGACAGAUAGACUUGCUGAGAAAGUUUCCCAGUUGAAAAGUUUUGCUGUUGACAUUGAGCAAGAAACUAAAGAGCACAAUCGACUAUUAGAUGAUGUAAAUGACGAUUUUGUUGGCCUAAUUGGAAAUGUUAUUGGAGGAAAAAAUAAGAUCAAUCGGUUGUUGAAUUCGGGCAGAAAUAACAGGAGAUUUCUGUGUUAUCUUUCUGGAGGAUUAACCACCUUCUUCAUAUUUUCUUAUUAUCUGAUAACUAGAUCUAUGAAUUCAUAAAUUGUAGAUCCAUUCAAUUAGUCAGCAAAAAUAUGCUCAUAUCGACUCAUCUUUAUAUAUAUUUUCUGGUGAAUUAAACCAAUUGUUUUACCUUCUCAUCUGCAAUAUACUUCAUAAUAAUCCAUCCAACAACAAAUGUUGAUUCAACUGUCAAAUUGUCGUUUUCGGAUACAUCAACCAAGUGUGCAUUGGUCAUGCAAUGUUAUCGUUAUUUGCUGCUAAAUAAUCCAGCUGAUACCUGUUUUUGUAUUCAAUAAUCAGAUCAUUUACAGAAUAAAAGCUGUUUGCACAAGAAACGGUGAAUUGUCAGCAAAUGUCAUCGAAAGCUUUGUUCUGUAAGAUUUUUAUUAUUCUUUCUUUUAAUUCUUGAUGCAUGGUUUCAUAAAUUGUACAUAUGCUCAUAUCUCUCUUGCUCAAUCAAGAUUCUGUUAUCAAAUUAUAUCUAUUUUAAAACAAUAUGUUUAACAUUCAUUAUUCUGCACCCUUAGGCCUUAAUUGCCUUCAAUUUGAAUAUUUAUUGUGAAAUUAAAUCUCAAACCUU